GACUUAACGUUUCCUGAGGCUUUGGCUUCUCUCUCCAGCUCCUGCCGUAGUUCAGAUGAGAGCUAACACUUACAGAGUACUUAAUAUGUUCCAGAAGCCAUACUAAGAGCUUUGUAUAGAACUCAUUUAAUCCCCACAGCAGUAACUCUAUGGGGGCCCUAUGAUUUAUGCAGGAGCAGAGGCAGCACGCAAUCGAGCUGUCAAGAGAGCGUCAGCUUAUUAGGCAAAUGCUGCGUGGUUUCUGAAGAGGGUCGACACUAUAAAUCCCACUCCAGGCUCUGGUGAGGAGAAACUCAGAGCCCAGGUCGGCUGAGAGACUGAAGCGAAGGAGAAGAAGAGAGUGAGGACAGAAAGGAGAGGAAAACCCUUGAAAAAGCCCCGGAGACUUUCCUCUGCAGAAGCACCUCCGAAGCAGGCGCCCACCAUGCGGCUGCCGCUGCUCUGGCCCGCGGGCGCCCUGCUGCUGGCCCUGCUGCCCGGCCCGCCGUGCGGGGCGCUGCUCAGCCGGGGGCCCGCCCCGCCGCAGCCCCGGCAGCCCGCCCUGCUCCGCGUGGGAGAGGAGUACUUCCUCCGCCUGGGCGACCUCGGCAAGAGCCCCGCCGCCCCGCUGCUGCCCGCCUCUCCCCCUGUCGCGGGCGGCAGCGGCGGCCGCCUUGCCCCGGACGAGGCGGCCGCCAACUUGCUCCGAGUGUUGCUGCAGCAGCAGCAGCCGCUGCCCCGGCGCCCGCCGAGCAGCCCCGCGGGGCCCGCCGAGCCCGGAGCCGGGAGCGCCCUCGGCAGCCGCCGGGAGACACUCGAGAGGCCGAGGCGAUCGGAGGAACCUCCCAUCUCGCUGGAUCUCACCUUCCACCUCCUCCGAGAAGUCCUGGAAAUGGCCAGGGCUGAGCAGUUAGCGCAGCAAGCUCACAGCAACAGGAAACUGAUGGAGAUUAUUGGGAAAUAAAACGGUGCGUUUGGCCAAAAGGAUGCAGCAUUUAGCACAAAAGUCUUAAAAAAUUGAAAAAAUAAAAUACAGCAUUCUGUAUCAUAGCGUUGCUCUGAUACCAUUUGUUUAUUUUUUUUAAAGCUUGAAGCGUAGACUAUGUACAGCAAGAGAGCCUAUACUCCUUAAUUAGCAUGCACAAAGUGUAUUCAUGCGCAGUAACAGCAGCAAAUGUUGUUUCUAUUGUCUACUUUUAGUUUCCAUUUCCAGGUGUCUUUAAUGGUGUUUAGAAAGUAUGGACCCAGAAGGAAAUGUUUUGAAGCAGACAGAAGUCAUCCAAUUUAUUUUGUUGUGGUUUGAGCCAAAGAGAAUGUCAUUCUCUUGGGUAGGCGACACAAACUCUGUAAGCUCUUUGCAUCAACCUUUCCUUGUAAACGUUUCAGUAAUAAAAAAAUCUUACCAAUCAUUGGUCAAUUUGGCUGUGUAAGAGAAUGUCGAAUAUUUAUAUUUUUAAUAAAAGCUGCAAAGGUAAUCA